GAUUCUCGAAGCCCGUCAGAGUCACGGCAGUGACGCAAACAUGGCGUCUUCUGUCCACAGUCUCUCAGCACGUUGGUUAUCCAAGUUUGUAAGUUCAGGUCACCGUCGUGCUUGUUUUCGGCUUAUCGUCGAAAGACAAUCUUCCGGAAGUUCAGCGUUCCUUUCGGGGUCGCAACUACACAGGCUAGCGUGCGGCGUGAGCUUAUGGGGGUCCAGGGGAGACGCCGUGACAUUGAGAGGACUGACAGCAACAGGAUGUCUCCAAUCAAAUCGCGUCAAGCUGUUCCACACGAGCACCCCAGUGGGAAACAAGGAGGACUUCUACAGUAUUCUCGGUGUUGCUCGCACUGCGUCGCAGAAAGACAUCAAGAAAUCCUACUAUCAGAUGGCCAAGAAAUACCACCCGGACACCAACCCAGAUGACCCGAGCUCCAAGGAGAAGUUUGCCAAGCUUGCGGAAGCCUAUGAGGUGCUCAGCGACGAGGUGAAGAGGAAGCAGUACGACACGUACGGCGCGGCGGGCUUCGACCCCAGCCGGGGGGGCGCGGGCGCCGGGCAGCAGCAGUACUACCGCGCGGGCAGUGCCAGCGUGGACCCCGAGGAGCUCUUCAAGAAGAUCUUCGGCGAGUUCUCCGGUGGCAGGGGGUUCGGAGACUUCGGCAGCAUGUUUGAUCAGAGGCCUGAGUUUGUGAUGGAGCUGACGUUCGCCCAGGCAGCGAAGGGGGUCACCAAGGAGAUGACGGUGAACAUCGAUGACGCCUGCCAGCGCUGCGAUGGGAAGGGCAGUGAGCCCGGGACCAAAGUGUCCAAGUGUAACUACUGCAGCGGCACCGGCAUGGAGACGGUGAGCACGGGGCCAUUCAUGAUGCGCUCGGCGUGCCGACGCUGUGGCGGGCGGGGCAGCAUCAUGACCACGCCCUGCGUGCUGUGUCGCGGCUCGGGGCAGACCAAGCAGAGACAGACGGUGAAGGUGCCCGUGCCCGCAGGGGUGGAGGACGGCCAGACAGUGCUCAUGUCCGUUGGGAAGAAGGAAAUCCUCGUCACGUUCAGGGUUCAGAGGAGCCCGGUGUUUAAGAGGAACGGGAUGGACAUCCAUUCUGACGCCAUGAUCUCCAUCGCCCAGGCCAUCUUGGGGGGCACUGCGAGGACCCAGGGCCUGUACGAAACCAUCAGUAUGCAGAUCCCCGCCGGCUGCCAGGUGGACCAGACCAUCCGGUUGCAGGGCAAGGGCAUCCGCAAGAUGAACAGCUACGUCUACGGGGACCACUACGUCCACAUCAAGAUCAGAGUACCCAAGAAGCUGAGUCGGAAACAGCAGGCGCUGAUGAUCAGCUACGCAGAGGAGGAGACGGACGUCCCGGGGACGGUCAACGGCGUUACCAUGCCGACAGGAGGGGGCAGCAGCAGCUCGGCACGCUCUGCAACACAGGGACAGGACAAGCAGCCACAACAUGAGGAUGAGAAGGAGGAGGAGGGGGGAGGCUUUUUCGCCAAACUAAAGAAAAUGUUUAGCUGACACACUGCAGGUAAAUAAUCAGGAAAACGAAUGGUUAGUAUAAAAGAAAACAAGAUGAACUCUCCAUGGUUUUGCCAACGGUUUUCUGGGUCAGAAGACGAGGAGCAACGCAACAUAAUAGCUGUUGAAAGGGCUAACUGAAGACAGAGGCUGCCCUAGUACGUCAACAAGCUGCCAACACCCGCCCACUGGUCUGAAAGCAGACAGGUGUGACUCUGAAACAAGACAACAACUCGUAUUACCUGGAAGGAGUUUGAAGCCGUGCCUGCGCACGAACACAGGCAACAGGUGGACUCUAUCUGCAUCACUCGCCAAAUUCAUCUCAAACUAGAGAUGGAAACUACAGUAAAGACAAACGCAGCAAUAUUCACACUGGAAAUGAAUGAAUCCAUUUAGCUUUUCUGUUUUGGAAGAGAUGUUUUCAGAGGGAGGCAAAUGAUUGAAGAUGUGUUGAAGCCGGUCCCACUGGCCAGACUGUCACUGUGGACUGCAGAAUGGUGGCCAGACGUAUGGAAACACCACUGGUUGUGUUUUUAAAUUGGACUAUGUCGAUGUCAUUGGCGUGUGUGACAAUUAUGUCUCGAAAAUAGCUAUUUAAAUAAAUUGUUGUUAUUAACCAUUAA